GGAGAACUGCCUGGGUGUUGGCCGCGUAUAAAUGCCACAAACUCGCCUCGCUAGCGGCGGCGGCCGACAGAACGCGCGCCGAGGCCCGGUAGCAAGGGGACUAGUCUCGCCUGGACAUCGCCGCCGCCACGAUGGGCGCUACCGGCCGCCUGCUGUUCUCCGCCACUGCGUGGAUCGCUGUGCUGCACUCUACGGUGGCAAUGGCGGCGAGCUACGGCCCCGUCAGCGCGGGUCCCCGAGUGGUUCCGAUCAGCGUGACGAGGAAUCUGCGGAGCAGCAGCUAUACCGCCACGGGUGUCCUCCACGUAGCGGAGAGCAGUCUGUCAGAGGUCGCCGGGUCGGGCCGACGUCGCUCGGCAAUGCGGAACGGCGCCCCGGGAAGGAAAAGACCCGGUGACGACUUCGGUGUCAGCUACAUCGGCAGUCCGCCUGACUCCGAGGAAACCGGCGUCUGGGCGGACAUGGUGGUGUCCAAGCUGCGCAUGCAGGCCAAGCCCAGCCUGGGCGCCGAACCGCGGCCGGACAGGAGACGCAGGCCGCCCGCCGCCCCCGCUAAGAAGAGGCCCGUCUACGUGCCGCGGUUCGCUACUGCGGCCGGCGGCGCCACCAACGCCAACGUCGGCAGACGCAGCAACAGUCGGCCAGCGCGGGCCAAGCCGCCGCGCUACACGUACUGGAAGACCGUUUCGUACACGCCAUUUCCGUACUACGGAUUUGGCUACGGACCGUACGGCUUUGGAUACGGUUGGAAGCCGUACGGCCCUUGGAUGAUGUAUGGCUAGAUGGGCUUCCGAGAAAUCGAGCCACCAGUUGUUCCUCUGCUAUUCUCAGCCGUGUAUCCUGUUAAUGCUGACGGAAGUGGCGGUGGAGACCCGCUUUUUCUGCCGCUUUUCGUCCCUUCUAGUGAAACCAUGUGGCACGGGACACGUGAAAAUCAUAGAGCACACGUGCUUUACGCGGAACUUGAGCUUCCCGUUGCUUGCUGGAACGCGCUUGAAGAGUAAGCGCGGGCUCCGUGUGAAUAAAUGACUACA